AUGCACAAAGCGAAUGCUCUGAUUUAUGUCCUUUCUUUAAUAUCCUUCGUUUGCUUGGAUGAAGUACCCGUAGGACAUUUAAAGCCUUUCGGUCAGCAUAGAAAGCCCGAUGUUGUUACACAAGAAAUCAGUGCAGUUCCGCACCCAGCAGAGUUUUGGGAAACUUAUGUGUCUAAACAUAAACCGGUGGUUUUUAGGGGAGCCGCAAUAAAUUCCAGGGCAUAUGAAUUAUGGACAGAAGAAUUUUUGAUCUCCGAGUAUGGAGAUCUCACUGUACGUCUUGAAGCACGUGCUGAAGCAAAUGAUCGUUUACCAGUUGGGGAAGCAGAUAUUCUUGGCAGAGACACGAUAAAGCAUUUCAUACAGAAUUAUCAGACCAUGGAUGCAUAUGUGAUCUCACAGAUUCCACAACCGAUGGAAAGAGACAUAGGAAUACCUCCAUGCUUAAGAUGUGGUUCCUUUUCUGAGGCUAUUCAAGAGGUCCACUUAUUUCUCAGUGCUCGUGGCGGCAAAACAAAAUUACAUCAGGAUCCCUUCAGCAAUAUACAUUGUAUUUUUAAUGGCACCAAAGACUGGCUUCUUGUUCAUCCAGAUCAAACAGAUCUUGUUUACAUGUCUGAUGAUUCCAAAUAUGAAUGGGGAGGAUAUUCAGAGAUAGACAUUGACUCUGUCGACCUAGACGAGUUUCCAAAGAUCAAAGAUGUACAUUACUCCAAAGUCAGAAUGAACAAGGGUGACUGUAUCUUCAUGCCUGGAGGCUACUGGCACCAAGUGCGUUCCUGGGGCUACAUGAACUCUGCAGUAUCUAUUUGGUUCUCGCAGUUAAAACAGUUCACAGAGAAAGACUGUGAUAAAGUGAACAUUUCCUUUACACCUAUGAAUGAAGUGAGGGUGUUAUGGCAGUACUCUGGGUAUGGGGAUCUUAGUCAAGGCCAUAUGGACAUCUACAUUUUGAAACGCUUUCUGCUAACCUUAGCUGAUAACGAGGGAAGGAUUUGGCUUAAAGAUUUUGUACAAAAAUACUUUCAAAGUGAAAGUAGAAGGAGAGAUGUAAUGAGGAAAGAUGAACAGGAGAGAGUAAUAAAGUUGGUGGAAUACCUUGACCCUGAUCACAAAGGUUUUGUAACUCGUGGAUAUAUAGAGAAUCUGACUAUUGAUCAGUUAAAAGAGCUCUUGUUAUUUAUUGAUCCAAAUGAUGUUUCCAACACUGAAGAGUUUGAGUAUAGCCACAUUGAUGCUCCCUACAUUAAGGCUUUGCUGACAGAGUGCCAUGAUAAGAGAGGAAUCUUUGACAAAGAAAAGUUUAUUUCAAGCUAUGUACAGGGUCUUGGAGGAACUCACUCUAAAGCUACAGAGAUUGUGGAAAGUCUUGGAGCACAUGACAAAGACAUUGCUAUGGCAGAUAUCGAAGGACGCAUUUCAAAAGCCCUGCACAAGUUUUACAGUGCUAAAGAACAUGAUCCUACAUUUGAACGCAAAAUGUAUCAACACCUUCGCCAACAUGAUGAACUUUCUCAGAUAAUGGAAGAUGAAAUCGAGGACAUGGAGGAAGAUAACUUGGAUGAAGAAGAAGAUGGUGAUGAUGUUGAUGACGAAGAUGAAGGCGAUGACGCAGAGAUAUUGGAAGAGACUAUAAAACCUAAGGGAAGAAGAAAACCACGAUCUGUUCUCACAGGGCGGGGUGUCACUCUUGGCAUGUUGCUUGAUGAUGGAGUGAUGGAACCUGGGGAAAAAUGCCUUUCUAUUGAUUACUUGGGUCAGAAGUUUGUGGCUGAUCUCCAACCUGAUGGUAGAAUCAGAUGGCCAGAGGCUGAUCAAGUGUUCAACUCGCCCUCUGCUUGGGCAAUCUACUGUAAGAGGCUGGUGAAUCCUUCCAAGAAAUCUGGCUGUGGAUGGGCAUCAGUAAAAUACAAAGGUAAAAAGCUGGAUCAGUUCAAGACAACAUGGUUUAGGAAGCAAAACCCAGGUGUAUCAUCAAGCCAUGGUGAUACACCAACCACUUCUCAAAAAAUGUCAUCAGCUCAUACCACCCAAUCGACAACUUCCUCAUCACAAAAGACACCAUCUGGCAAACCAUCUGGUAGUCAUAGUGAUGUGCACAGUUUCACAUCACCCUCAUCCUUGUCUACGUCAUCAUCAUCAUCAACAAUCACAUCAGCUUCUGUUCCAAAACCCUCCACACAAAGAGAACCUGGAUCGUCCUCAAUCAAGUCUGGGUCAGCUGGUACAAAAUCCCUCUAUAAACCGCCAUAUACACAGACCACACCCUCAGGGAGAGGAAGGAAACCAAACAUUGGGUAUAUCCAUCCACCUCCUGCCAAAUCACCAUCAGUCUUCACACCAACUGCAGUCACACCAACAUCUUCAUCAAAGUCAGUAACAUCAAGUUCUCUUCGAAGCCCUGUGGACAUUCCCAGUCCAUUGUCCUCUCCACCAGGCUCUGCAGGUAGGAAACGAUCAGCUGUUAGAACUCGGCAGUCAAGCAAGCACACGAUGGUGACUCCUGAAAGUGAUCCACACACUUUGGUUGAACUUGUAAACUUCAGUGCCACUGGAAAAAUGCAGCCAUUCUCUGUGGAUAUUUCGACAAACUGCCUUUUACUUAUGGAUUAUCAUUGUCAUCUUACAACCAGUGAAGUUGUGGGAUAUUUAGCAGGGCAGUUUGACCCACAAACACACCACAUGAAGGUUGUGCAGGCUUUCCCCUGUCGCUGUCGAUUUGCUGACAAGGAAAAUGCACUCAAAGUUGAGGAAGAGGUUAGGAAUGCAAUCGCACAGCGAGGACUUUUUCUGGUGGGUUGGUACCAUAGUCAUCCAUCCUAUCAGCCUGAUCCAUCGCUCCAGGAUAUUCAGAAUCAGUUGAAUUAUCAGAGCAUCCUACAGCAGGAGAACGCACCAUAUGGAGCUUGCUUGGGUAUCAUAGUGUCCCCCUAUGACACCUACAGAACUACAAAGGAAUCAGUUAUACGGGCUUUUUGGGUUCAAACAUCAAUGGAAGGUCAAACUCAGAAACUUGGUGUACCAAUGCUAAUUAAUACCACCCUGCAUCAAGAUCAGUUUCUCACACAAGAUCUUCUCAAUGAACUGAGAUGGAUGUGGAGUUUUUACAAGGGAGGCCCUGAUGCAAUAAACUUCAACAACUUUUGGCAUGGAUCCCAAACCUACCUUGACAAAGUGAAGUCUUCCCUGAUAAAGAAAUUCCCAACAGACCAAACAGAUGGAAGAUUUUUAGAAUUCAUCAACACACUUCUAACCUAGAGAAGUGUUAAAAAAUCGUAUUUCAGAGGUUAUUUUCACGCGGUCAUUCAGUCUAUAGGUGUAUGUUCUCAUAAUUUUUACUGUAUUAAAUUAUUUCAACACAGUAGUGUUUUUCUAGUGGUGAUGUUGCCUCAGCCCCUUAACCCCUAAGAGUGACUAGUAUCUAAGUUCUCCUUACAAUAUCACCCCUGAAUCAUGCAGUAAGGUCAUGAGAAUAAAGAAAAUUAUCAGCAGCUAGAGGAGCUGUUGAUUGUUACACAAAUUCUCCUUGUCAGCACCUUGGAGAAUGUAUGGAGAAGAGUGCGAAGAAUAUCUAUACUGAUGUUAGGUUGUAAAGGGUUAACUCAAGUACUGUACUAUGAUUAAAAAAAUAAUUUUUGAACUGUUUUUCUUGGUGACACUCCUUGUUACAAGACUCCAUAGUUUUAUCUCGUAUCCAGAUCCUCCAUGUCUUGUGGGAAACAGAAGGCCAGGUUACAAAACCAGAGGCACUAAAGCAUGUAGGGACUUGAAAACAAGGAAAUCACAAAAACUGUGUUUUUAACUUUUUUAUUACAUCAUUUCUUUUACAGUUAUUUAUCCAUAUGUAACUUAAAUAACUUUAUUUCUGUGUCAAACACUAUAAAGCAAAAAUCCCUCUACUGAUGGGCACAUUAAAAAAAAAGGGUGAAAAAUCUUUUAACAAGAUAAAAACGAUAGACUUGAUAAUAAUUUUUGACAUUUAAUUAAGA